ACCCGAUCCCCGGAUUCGCCGUCCCCACUCCCGCCGGCCGAUCUCCCCGAUCUUUCUCAAUCCCUCGGGGGGUUUUGAUUUUCCGUCGUUUCUGGGUCGUUGCGUGUGUGUUCCGGAGUGUUGUUGAUUGGUAUUGAGAUGAGGGCCGCGAAGGCGGCGGCGGCGGCGGCGGCGGCGGAGAGGACGGAGGACAAAGAGAUAGACUUGCUUCUCAGCGAGAUCCCCCACGUCACGUCCCCGCAGGGGCGGCAGCGCGGGGUGGGCGUCAUCGGCGACGGCAACGGCAACGGCAACGGCGUGCAUGGCGCCUCGGGUUCCGACGGCUACACUUCACCAAUGCGCCUCGGGUGCCGACGGGUACACUGCCCCUCGGGUGCCGACGGGUACGAUGCGCAGCGCCACGGCAAGGACGCCUACUACGACCUGGUCCUGAACCGUCGCGACAAUGGCGCUCCACUCCACGGCGGCGAUGCAGGGGCCGUUGGCUUCCCCGCGCCGUCGCCGGCCUCGGGACCGUUCGUCGGUAUCCCAGUUCCGCCGCCGCCGCCGCCGCCACUGGCGCUGGGGGUCGACGACCAGGAACAGCAGCUGGUCGCGAACCAGCUCCGCGGUCUGCGCAUCGGGGACGCGCAGGCCGCGCUCCAGCGCCAGGGCCCGCCGCCAGUCAUGAGCGCGGCCCCGACCGAGGUCCCCGCAGUGCACGGCGCAUACCAUGGGUACAACUUCGCGGCGUCAGGUUCUUCCGUCCGCCAUGAACACGUGUUCCUUGAUCAGGCCAAACCUGUCGGGUACGUCGCAACACGGCCGCAUCGCUUCGUGUCGGACGUUGGCCUGGAUGACUUUGGUGGUUUCCCCAGAGCCUUGGACACCAGCAUUGGCGGCUUCAUGUACAAUAGGGUAGGGCAUGGCACUGACAUUGGUUGGGGCCAAGGUUUGGUGCAGCCUGAUUUCGCCGAGUCCUUCCUGCUUUCCAGUCAGGCUGGUGCAGAGUUUUCCAGCUCGAGUACGCUUGCCCUCAAGCGACACUAUGCAUAUGGCGGUGUCCCUGUGGCAGCCAACGGGUUUGGGAGAGGCAGAAAUCAGUUUGAUGCAUUCCGUUGUGACAACAGUCCCAGUGAGGCUGGUGCAGAGUUUUUCAGCUCGAGUCCGGCUGCCCUUGACUUCCAUGGUGGACCAAAGCGACACUAUGCAUAUGGUGGUGUCCCUGUGGCAGACAACGGGUUUGCGAGAGGCAGAAAUCAGUUUGAGGCAUUCCAUUGUGACAACAGUCUGAUGUUUGAUGGGAAGAACAUGAACUUCCUGGAACGUGAGAGGGAGAGGAGAUUCCAGCGUGUCAAUAACAGGGCACUGGAGCUUGGGAGUACUAGGACUUUGAGGUUUGACAACGUGGUUCGUGUCAAGGAAGGAUCCAUCUACCACAUGGCCAAGGACCAAAAUGGGUGCCGGUAUUUGCAGGACAAGUUUCUGGAAGGGAAGCAUCAUGUCGAUGCGAUCUUUGAAGGAAUCAUUAACCACAUUGCAGACCUUAUGAUCAGUAGUUUUGGCAACUAUCUUGUACAGAAGAUGCUGGAAGUGUGUGAUGAAGGGCAAAGGCUGAGGAUCAUCUUAGUGCUGACGCAGGACCCUGUGAAGCAGCUGAUUGCCAUCUCUCUAAACACACAUGGGACCAGGGUAGUACAGAGAUUGAUAGAGACUGUUAGGAGCAGAGAUCAGAUUAUUCUCAUCAUUUCAGCCCUACAGCCAAACUUCAUGCUGCUUGUCAAUGACCCCAAUGGUAAUCAUGUGAUACAGAAAUGUCUGACCAAUUUUGGAGCUGAGGAUAACAAGUUCAUAUUUGAGGGCGCUGCAGCCAACUGUUUUCACAUGGCGGUACAUCGCCAUGGAUGCUGUGUUCUACAGCGUUGCAUAUCUAAUGCACGUGGUGUAUACCAGGCCAAUCUAAUUGUGGAAAUAUGUGCUCGUGGCUUUGAGCUUGCUCAAGAUCCAUUUGGGAACUAUGUGGUCCAAUAUGUUUUGGAACUGAAAAUUCCUUCUGCAAAUGCACACUUGGCAUCUCAGUUUGAAGGAAAGUAUAUUUAUCUCUCAAAGCAGAAGGUUAGCAGCAAUGUGGUGGAGAGAUGCCUAAAGUUUUUCCCGGACGAUGCCAAAGCUGUCAUAGUACAUGAAUUGCUCUUGCUCAGCGGGUCUCACUUUGAGCAACUGCUGCAAGACCCUUAUGCCAACUAUGUCAUUUACACUGCCCUUCUCCACACCAAGGGCCAUCUGCACAAUGCCCUUGUUGAAGCGAUCCGCCCUCAUGAGGAUGCCAUCCGGACCAGCCCCUGUUGUAAGAGGAUCUGCAGGGCCCUCUCCAGGAGGUGAAAGUUGUACCAUCUGUAUACCUUUGGUACCAGGAGGAAGGUCGCUGGCCUGUAUUUGAUUGUUGUCAAUUUAUGUUCACUAGUUUGUCACCCAUAAUGUACUCCUCCACAACGACCUACACGAGCCCUGUCAGUUCAGAAAGGCAGGUUUUUGUUGCAGGAACAACGGUUUAAGUUAUUGUCAGGUACUCAGGUUGUAAAAUAGGAUACCGCCCGUCGUGUCUUCCGUGUAGUUUUUUCGCCGCACGCCUGUCCUGCUGGUGUGCUGUAGUGUAGAUUGUAGAGUUGUAAAAGGAACCAGUGUGCUUUCCCCCCUUGGGUCUGUUUUGUAUCUGCUGUAUUGCUUUCCACUUUGGAUUCUACGAAUUGUUGCUGUUGGACAAGGAUUAUUCAAAAAAUAUUAUUGUUGAACAAGUGUUAUACUUGUUGUUUUUAGCCUUUUGUACAUAACUCAUAACUGUUUGUUUUGAGGAACAAUAUCAAUGUUU